AGGGCCUUUGAACAUCUGGAGGGCUGGCUGGAUAUCGGAUGUGUGGAUUGUCCUUUCCCAGGAGCAGACCACAGAGGGAGCCUUAAGGAAGGCCAAGUUUGUGUUUCCUGAUCGUUCUUCCUCAUUCAUUCCUCCUCGUCCUUCCCGGCAGCCCCAGCUGAAGGCUGAGAACCUGACUGGCUCCACAGAAGCUGAGGAACAGGCUCAGGAAGAGGCCUCAGUCCGUGGUGCGGCAUCAUGGAACCCAACUUCUCCAUUCCCCUGAACGGCUCUAUGGGGGUGCCGUCCACCCCCCAGGACUCCACGGUGCUGUGGGUGCUCUCCCUGGCAGUGCUGGCGGUCACCUUCAUGCUGGGCGUGCUCGGUAACGGGCUGGUGGUGUGGGUGGCUGGCUUCCGCAUGGCCCGCUCCGUCACCACGCUCUGCUACCUGAACCUGGCUGUGGCUGACCUCUCCUUCACCUCCACGCUGCCGUUCCUCAUCGUCUCAGUGGCCAUGAAGGAAAGGUGGCCCUUUGGCUGGUUCCUCUGUAAGUUCGUCCACAUCGUGGUGGAUGUCAACCUGUUUGGGAGCGUCUUCCUCAUCGCAUUCAUUGCCCUGGACCGCUGCGUGUGCGUCCUGCAUCCCAUUUGGGCCCAGAACUCCCGCUCAGUGGGCCUGGCCCGCAAGGUUCUUGUGGCGCCCUGGGUUCUGGCCCUUGUCCUCACCCUUCCGGUGAUCAUCUUCUUAACCACCGUGAGCGACCCUGUGGGGAACGUGUACUGCACCUUCAGCUUCAGGGCCUGGGGCGACACGAGGGAAGAGAGGCUCAGGGUGGCCAUCCCUGUGUUGAAGGCCCGAGGAGCCGUCCGCUUCCUCGUCGGCUUCAGCGCGCCCAUGGCGGUGGUGGCCGUCUGCUAUGGGCUCCUCGCCGCCAGGAUCCAUAGGAGAGGCCUGCUGACGUCCAACCGGCCCCUGCGCGUCCUCACAGCAGUCGUGGCCUCCUUCUUCAUCUGCUGGUUCCCCUUCCAACUGGUUGCCCUUCUAGACACAAUCUGGCUCAAAGAAAGGUUGUUGGAAGGGAAGUACCAGAGCCUGGAGCUCCUGAUCAACCCCACCAGUGCCUUGGCCUUCUUCAACAGCUGCCUCAACCCCAUGCUCUAUGUCUUCGUGGGUCAGGACUUCCGCGAGAGACUCAUCCACUCAUUGCCCACCAGCCUGGAGAGGGCCCUGAGCGAGGACUCGGCCCAGACCAAUGACAAGGUGACCGACUUUGGGCUACAUUCCUUAGGGACUGAUUGAUCAGU